AAGUCCAGCUCACAUCCAGGCCAAAGAAAGACGAUGCCAAUGCCAAUGGCCAGUUAUUCAAAGGUUUUAGCAAGCGCCCCGUCCCUCGAUUGCUUCCUUUCUCGACCACAGACAACUGUUCAAUUUCCAGACAGCCUUAUUCCAGGAAGUUUGUCCGGCCCUUCUUCAAGGGCGUUUGUUGUACGUCACUGCUUCGUUGCACACAACUAUCUUGCAGUUUCAAAGCGGAGGAGGAGUCAGAGCACGGGGCUUCCGUGCACUUUGCACCACCAUUUGGAAAAGUCGCCCAGCCGGCCCAUCGACUCUAGACGGCUUUCUGGGUUGAUACUCGGUAGCAUGGAACAAGCUGGAAGCGGGGAAGGAAAGGCUGAAAAGGAUGGCCCUGUGCACGUCCUGACUGCGUCCCCCAGUGCGGUGGGGCCAGCAUGGGGCAGACUGGUAGAGAAGCUAGCAGAUGCGGGCUUCACUGUACAUAAACUCUGGGAGCAAGCCGACGCAGACACUUUCUUUGCAAAUGACGGGGACCAGAUUAAAGCGGUCGUUCCGGGCCAUGAAGGAGUUAAUGGCGAGAUGAUGGACCGCCUCCCAAACCUUGAGAUCAUUGCAAACUUUGGCGUUGGGUAUGAUGCCAUCGAUGUCAACGCUGCCAAAGAUAGGGGCAUCAGAGUUACAAACACUCCAGAUGUGCUGUCAGAUGAUGUCGCUGAUCUUGCUCUAGCUUUAAUGCUAGACGUUUCCAGAAGACUAACUUUGGCGGACAGGUAUGUACGUGAGGGCAAGUGGGAAGAAGGUAACUUUCCAAUUCAGCGCAAGGUUUCUGGAAAGAAGGUGGGCAUCCUGGGGCUAGGAAGAAUAGGCCAGGCAAUUGCUUCUCGAGCAUCUGCGUUCCACAUGAAAGUGGCUUACCACGGCCGGCACGAGAAAUCUGGAGUGCCCUACGAGUAUCACUCAAGUCUUGUGGACCUUGCCAAGGCUUGUGACUUUCUUGUGAUCGCCUGUCCUGGGGGGGCCUCGACCCGCCACUUAGUCAAUAAAGAAGUUUUGGAGGCGCUUGGGCCUAAAGGAUGCCUUGUGAACAUAGCUAGGGGGUCAGUGGUCGUUGAGUCAGAGUUAGUGAAAGCAUUGGCAGAGGGCAGGCUGGGCUCAGCCGGUCUUGAUGUCUUUGAGGAUGAGCCGCGCGUUCCGGAGGAGCUGAGAAAGAUGGACAAUGUUGUCCUCCAACCACACAUUGGCAGCGCUACAUUUGAGACGAGGGAAGACAUGGCAGAUCUUGUAGUGCGAAACUUGACAGCCCACUUCAGUGGGAAGGAGCUGCCCACUCCUGUUGCUUGAAAAUUGAUUACUUGUUUCCUCACCUUGUAUUGCAUUGUUUCACCGCCCUGUAACAUAUGCCAAUAUUACAAAGGACC